AUGGAUCUUGAUACUAUGAAACAUUAUGAAACAGGUGAUGGUAGUCUUGGACAAUCAUCUUUGCAACACCAACAGUUUAGUUCAGCAACUAUCGCUAUACGCGCUCAAAAGAAGAUUCUUUCCAAAAUAAUUUCAAGGAAUAAUGCGAAAUUAUUUGUGGAUGAUGCUACUAUCCGUUUAUUUGAUUAUCUCUAUCAAAUCUUGAAAACAGCAUACAACAAGAUAAUUGCUGAAAAGGUGGUGAAAAAUAUUAUCAAACUUAUCGUCAAAUUGGGCGUAAUACUGCGAAAUGAACAGUUUACCGCAGAACAACAAAAUCAACUGUCAAAGGUCCAACGACAAAUGCGCCAACUUUGUCUCACAGUUAUUUCAUUUGGUAAAGUGGCAUUCUCAUACGACUAUACAUAUUUAAAUGCAUUACUAAAGGAGACGUACCGUCGGUUACUGCCAUUUGGAACAGAUUCUUAG